AUGGCAUCUUCAUCUUCUGGUUCUGUACCCGCCUAUCCUUCUCAAUCAUGGAAGUACCAUGUUUUUCUUAGUUUUAGAGGAGAAGAUACUCGCAAUACUUUUGUGGGCUAUCUCUACUCAGCUCUUGAACAAAAAGGAAUUUACACUUAUAAAGACGACAAAAAACUUCCCCAGGGCGAGUUGAUUGGUCCAUCCCUUAUGAAGGCUAUUAGAGAAUCCCAAAUUGCUGUCAUCGUAUUCUCUGAAAACUAUGCAGAUUCUUCGUGGUGCUUAGAAGAACUUGCCUAUAUUAUGAAUUGCAGGGAAACGAGAGGCCAAAUCGUUAUUCCCUUAUUUUAUGAUGUGGAGCCCUCCGAACUGAGAAAGCAAAAACAGAAGUAUGGAGAAGCAUUCCUCAAACAUGAGCUGGAGAACAAGACUAAGGUUGAAUCCUGGAGAAAAGCACUUGUGGAUGCAAGUAACCUUUCUGGAUGGGACAUUGCCAACAGGCAUGAAUCAGAGUUCAUCAAAGAAAUUGUCAGCAAAAUCUCAAAGAUGUUGCAUCCACUAACUUCAAGGGUGAAUGACAACCUGGUUGGAAUAGAGGCUCGUGUGCAAGAUUUGAAAUCAAGGUUGAAAGUUGGGUCAAGUGGUGUGCUCAAGAUUGGAAUAUGGGGGGUUGGGGGUGCUGGCAAAACUACUCUUGCGUCUUAUUUUUAUGAUGAAAUGUCUAGGGAGUUUAAUGGUUGCUGUUUUGUUGAAAAUAUUCGAGAGGAAUCAAGCAAGUAUGGUUUGAAAAAAUUGCAAGAAGAAAUACUUUCAAGUAUUUUGAAACACAAUGAAGUGCUAGGUGGGGUUAAGGAAGAAAUGGGACACCACAUUGUUAGAGGAGAACACCCUGACAAUCCUGAAAAACAUAGUAGGAUUUGGAAGGAGGAAGAUGUUGUAAACAUAUGUGCUAUGGAUGCAACAACGGAACUUGACAUGAUUGAAGCAAUCAGAUUUAAACACAAUAGUGUUGAUCACAUACAAAGGUAUAAACAUCUUCAUCCAUUUGUUGCAAACACGAAGAACCUUAGGUGGAUUGAAUGGCAAGGUGAUCUUGCAAGUCCAUUGCUUACUAACUUUCCACAAAGGAAGCUUUGUUGUCUAAUAUUGCAUAACAGCUCUCGUACACAACUUUGGGAGGGUUAUAAGAUCCUGCCAAAUUUGAAGAUAAUGGAACUCUGCUAUAUGUCUUUCCUAAUGAUAACACCAAAUUUUAAUGGGCUUCCACAUCUUGAAAGAUUCAAGCUUACUGGAUGUCGGCUAUUAGAAGAGAUUCAUCCAUCGAUCGGACGUUUGGAAAGGCUUGUCUUCUUAUCUAUAGAAGAUUGUAGGAGACUUAAGAUGUUUCCACCCAUUACCCAACUAAAGAAACUCAAGACCCUUUCGUUCUCAGGGUGCUACAAACUUUUUAAGCUCUCUGAGAUCCAACAGAAUAUGGAUAAUCUUCAUUUAUAUAAUAGUGGGGACACAAAACUUGGGUUACAACUUUUUUGCGACUUAGAAGAACUCGUCUUAAGAAAGUUGGAUCUGAGCUGGUGUUGUUUGGAAGAUGAUGACAUGAGCUAUGCUCUUUGGGAGUUACCCAACUUGCAAGAACUCAAUCUAGAAGGAAAUAAGUUUUCACAAUUAAGUUUUACUCGCCUGCAGCUUCCUCGGCUCAAACGGCUCGAUGUGUCAUGGUGCAGAAAUCUUGUAAAAUUGUCAGCACUGCCAUCAAGUAUCGCUAUUGUUAAGGCAGAUCAUUGCAGGUCACUUAGAAGCUUUGGAGAUGUUUCAAACUGUAAAUGGUUGUGGAACUUCUCACAUCGGUGGGAGAGCAAACUUGGUGAAGCUGGCAUAAUACUAAACUCCAUGCUCCAGCAGGGAAAUGCUGUUGAAGAUCACUUUAUCAGUGUCGCUUUUGAACGUCAGAUUCCAAAGGGGUUUGUGGGUAGGUUCUUUACAGGGUACUCAUUUACAAGGCGUCGUCCACAUGAUGCCAAUGAUAGUGAGGACACAUUUACAUUGCGUCUUCCAGAUGAUUGGACUCUAAUGAAGCACCGGGGCCUGAAUAUUUAG